GCUGCAGGAUGGUUUCAACUAGAUAGUCUAGGUUUUCGAUUGACGUUCGUUUCGGAAACUGGCUGAAUUUAAAUACAAAAGCAUAUGAAUACGAAUCUGCAAUGUGCUAGCGAACCGUCUAGUAGGAGGAAGACAAUUGUAGAAAUUUUGUGGCGUGAAAUUUUGGCUAGAAUACUAGAAAUUGUCAGGUUUCCCGUCAUGCGAAACAGGACACCUUGUGGUUUCCGAGACUCAUACACGAUGACGGUGGAGACCAGGAUAAAUGAGGGAAUUUUUAUAAUUUGUACAUUUUGUUCAGCUGAGAAGGAAAAUCAGCACUUGUUGUUUCUCGCCACGCGUUUUAUAUGAGUUAAUGCGAAUUUUGAUAACGCAGGUGAGAAAGAAAAUCGUACAUCAGAUUAAGGAAAGCAACUAUGUUUGCUUAAUUUUUGAUAGCAUUGCCGUUAUAUCUCACAACAAUCAAAUGAAUGUCGAUAAAGUGAAGAACAGACGAAAUUUCUGGAUUGGUUUUGUGAGAAGCGAAGAAGCACAAAAUUUAGGUUGAUGACUGUCGUGGCAGGCUUUAAACGGUGCUAAUUUAAUGG